CUAACCUUUUUAUCAAACUGACCUGGCUGAAAUCUUCAUGAGGUCUAAGGUCACAUGAUCAAAUGUGGACAAAAUGGCGAGCAUCUUACCCAGAGUUGAGCAGCUCUCUUCUCGGGUUGUGCGUCUCCUUGGGUGCAACCCUGGCCCUAUGACGCUACAGGGAACGAAUUCCUAUCUUAUCGGAACUGGUGAAAGGAGGAUCUUACUGGACACCAGUAACCCAAACCACCCAGAAUACCUCCAGAACUUAAAGACAGUGCUACGUGAUCAGAAGACUGGCAUACAGGAGAUCCUGCUGACCCACUGGCAUCUGGAUCAUGUCGGGGCAGUCCCAGAAAUAUGCCAAGACUUGACUGACUCGUCAGACAUGCCAAUCUCCAAAUACCAAAGAAUCAGCACUGAAGAUGCCCCACUGGGAGAUGGACUGAAGUACAGCUUUAUAGAAGAUGGGAAGGUGUUUAAGACAGAAGGUGGAACGCUAAGGGCUGUGUACACACCUGGGCACACAGAUGAUCACCUGAGUUUUUACCUGGAGGAAGAAAAUGCCUUGUUUUCUGGAGAUUGUAUUCUAGGACAAGGAACUGCUGUUUUUGAAGACUUCUACACGUACAUGAAAUCUUUGGAGUUAAUGCUGAAGAUGAAACCCACCAUUAUUUAUCCCGGCCAUGGGCCUGUCAUCACCAACCCUGUAGAGAAGAUUAACGAGUAUAUCGCACACAGAAUGCUGAGAGAGCAACAAAUUUUGGAAGUUUUUGAAAAGCACAAAGGGGUCUUCAUGUCUUGUAUGGACCUAGUAAAGAUUAUCUAUACAGAGACACCUGAACAUCUCCAUCAUAAAGCUGCCGACAAUGUCUGCCACCAUCUUGAAAAACUGCUCAAAGAAAAUAGAGUUGAACAUGGAGUUGAAGAGGAAGGGAGGAACAUGUGGAGGCUGAAAUGUUCUUUAUAG